AUGUCGAGCCCUAUCUUCGCGUCUCCGCCCUUGUCCGGCGUAGGCGAUGCCCGUCAUCGCUCGGCAUCCUUCGGUGGCCCUCGACUCGAUCUCGUUCUACGUCCAUCGUAUGCUCUCGGCCCAUUCAAGCUGGGUCACUCGCUCUGGCAUGUGCUCAACUACCUUCGCUCCCACCAGUCGCUCUUCCCACAGAUCAACAUCACCUAUGAUGAGUCCGCCCCGAGGCUUUCCCCCAUCGUCGUGGUGAUUCAACCCAACAUACAUCUAGUAUUCAACGGCGUCACGCAACGGCUCAACAUGAUCACACUCGAAAACCUCGAUGUGCCAAACGAAUCACGAUCUGCUCCCCACGCAGCUGCGUCGACAACAUCUCCAGAACCAAGUCAUCGCCCUGUCAAUCUCAUCUACAAUGGCAAGCUCAUCUUCUCCAAGGGAUCGCCAAGGUCAGCUCCGGUUGCGCUCAAUCGCUCCACGCUACACCAAAUCCUUGGGCCCACGUAUCCCGGCCAUCCGGAGUCCUCUUCUGUCUCUUCCGACAGUCUUGUAGCAUCUGCCUUUGGGACUAAAGCGAAUGGGACAGACAAGGACCUAAAGGAGUUCAUCAUCUCUUACCCUGGUCUUGCGUUUUGCUUUGCCGUCAAAUCCAGUGGAGCCAAGGAUGCAGACGUAGACAAGUUUCAGCCCGUCUCGUCUAUGCAUAUCUUUGCUGGUUCGGACCUCAAUAACCCGGACGACGUUCUCGUGUUUCCUUCUGCCGCUCUGUCAUCUGGCGAAGCAGCUCGCCCUGCAGCACGUUCGUCGAAGGGCACACUCUCACCCCCAGCAGCCGUCAGCGACUACCAACAACUCAACAGCGAACGCGACCGGGCAUCUCUCGACAUCGACGCCGUGCAAAUACGGUGCCCCACUCUUGUUGAAGCUGGCAUUACGCCAGGCAGAGGCGUCUCAUUGCACUUUGCCAAAAGUGGCGUGGCGCGCGCGCCAUCGCCGCCGCUCGACCGCAGCAAGGCGGUUGCAUCGCCGCACGGUCAAGCAACGCAUGCAGUCGAGCUGCUGCUGGGCAUCACCACGCCACAAGAUGCAUUGUGCGAUCUGGGACAGCCUCAACGCAUCUUUUACAAAGAAGACGACCGCAUGCGCAUCCACGAUGCUGCCGCUGGUCAUGGCGGUGGACGCGGUGGACGGGAAGGAGCUUCCGAGGCGAGCAAUUCCACCGACGACUCGGCAUUUGGUUCUGGUGAAAACGACGACUCUGCCUUCUUCUACAAUUACUUUGACCUUGGCAUCGACUUGUUGUUUUCCAAAAACACAUCGCGUAUGCCGUCGAUCGCAGAAGCGUAUGAUGCUGCUGCGGGAGGGCAGCCGAGGCUGGAAAAGGUGGUGUGCCAUACCAACGUGCCGGGAGAUGCGCUGUUCCAACGAUACAAUCGAUGUCCCUGGCGCGUGUCAUCGUCUUCAUCCUCGGGAACCUCUGCAUCCUCUGCUAACGGCAGUAAAGGCACAAGCAAGUCUAAGGCUAGCAAGCCGAUCACAGAAGGAUUCACGUUCGAAGAUCACUUUGACAGCACGCUCAGCGCCGGACAGGACGACCGAGGCAUGGAGCUGGACCGCGGUACGUGCGCCGAAUUCAAAGGCAGCGUCGGCGGCGGUGGGAUCUCAGCGGUCAAGAACAGUACAGCAGGUCGACAGCAUUUGACGAGCAAGCAGGAUGGACUGGACAGUAGCCCCGAGAGAGAGCACAAUCCUUCGAGCGAGGUGAUUGUCGAUCUCAGCACGCGCCUGGUCGGUCGGCAGGGGAUGGUGCUGGAGGUCGGCAAGGAUGGGACCAUGGUUGGCGUCGUUGUGUUUUAG